CCCGGAAGUGGUGUAAUAGUUACUCGCUCUAUGUUUAGUUUGUGAGUUUGAAAGCGGACUGUGUGUGUUUUCGCGCAAAUGGAAAGUUGACCGCUCGGGAAUGGAAGAUGAGUCUUCCGUGCGUGUGAAUGUCACCGCUCAAAAUAUGCCUGGUUAUACCGGACGCGACGGGGAAUCUGUCCAUGUAUCCAGCGGGACGCGGAGCACUGAUUUCGGCCGGGAUGUCCGCAGCAGCGACGCGAAGGUGCCAUCAUCAUUGUCGUUAUCCUCGAAGGAUGUUUUGGAAUUUCAUAAACACAAACACGAACCAGGAGGCAAUAGCGAGAGGGAAAACAUAAGAGCCGUUGACAUUUUAAGGAGGAAUUUUGGUUCCACUAUCAGAGAUCCAGAAGAUCCCAAAGACCUGGAGAAAGUGGGAUUUGACAUCAAACUGAACGACUUGGAUCAUGAAAACGAUGGUGAAAGGAUGCAAUGUAGCACAAAAAGUCUCCAACAAAACAUGGAGAGCAACUCAGGAUUGGGAGAUCCUGAUGGGAGUCAUCAUAUUGAUUAUAAUAUUGAUUUGAAGAGUGGUGAAGACUUCAGCCAGUCAAAAGAGCAUGUUUACUGCACUGUAUACUGUAUUGCCAAUGAUAAUUAUAGGAUACCUGUUGAGAAAACAACAUCUGAUCAUGAAGCUACAUCUUUAUCAUCAUCAUCAGAUGUGCUGGUUUUACCUCCCACCGACUUGCCAAAUUCAGAAUUGGAGCGUGAUCACUAUCCAGAGCCCUAUACAGUCUCCGACCUGAUGCUGUCUGGAUUAAACGGCUCUUAUAACACUGACAACAGUUUAUCUGUUGUGUUAACAUGUCGUAUCUGUCUCGAUGACAAACAAACCGUACCGCUACACUGUUGCAAAAAUGCAGUUUGUGAAGAAUGUCUGAAAAGAUACAUCAUCUCGCAGGUUCAUGUGGGUCGGGCACACUUGGUAUGUCCCAUCACAGAGUGCAGUGGUUUCUUGGAAGAAGGAUUGGUGAUUUCGCACCUGUCCAGUGAAGAGUUGGCAAAAUACAAGUACUUCUUGGAGCUGAGCAGACUGGACUCCAGCACAAAACCGUGUCCCCAGUGCAGCCUGUUUACCUCCUUGAAGGGUCAUAGCCAACAGACAGCCACCAAAAGUGAACAUAAGUAUAAGAUUCAGUGCACAAAGUGCCAGUUUGUCUGGUGUUUUAAAUGCCACUCGCCCUGGCACGAAGGCCUGAAGUGUCGAGACUACAGGAAAGGAGACAAGCUGUUGCGUCACUGGGCCAGCGUCAUCGAACACGGCCAGAGGAACGCUCAGAAGUGUCCACGCUGCAAGAUCCACAUUCAGAGAACUGAGGGCUGUGAUCACAUGACCUGCACGCAGUGCAACACUAAUUUCUGUUAUCGUUGCGGCGAGAAGUACAGACAUCUGCGCUUCUUUGGGGAUCACACCUCCAACCUCAGCGUGUUUGGAUGCAAGUACCGCUACCUGCCUGAGAAACCCCAUCUGCGCCGGCUGGUCCGAGGCUCUGUUUGUAGUUUAUUGGACAAAGAGCCUCUAAAGGAAGUGGACGAGGAUAUGGUGUCAGAGGUGGAUCUCAACAACACUGUCACAGAAGAGGAGCGAGAGGAAAUGGAGAAUGAACUGAUUAAGUUAGAAGAGGAAAUCACUACUUUGAAACAAGUGCUAGCCUCCAAAGAAAAGCGUCACUUGGAGCUGAAGCAGAAACUGGGGAUCACUCCCCUGAGUGAACUGAGACAGAACUUCUCCAAGAGCUGGUACGACAUGCAGACCAGCACAGCAUACAAAAAGACUUCUGAGACACUGAGCACGGCAGGACAGAGGACCUCGGCGGCCUUCAGUAACCUGGGCAAUGUCAUCACCAGGAAGUUUGGCGAUAUGAGGUCAUAUUCUCUUGGCUAUUCUAUACGGCAUUCAAUGAGCAUGCCCACAAUGAGGAACUCGCCUAGUUUCAAGUCUUUUGAGGAGAAAGUCGAAAGCACAGUUUCAAACAUUAAGUCAAAGGUUGGAGGAACAGGAGGUGCGGGGAGUUUUGAAGAGGUCCUGUCUUCAGCGGCCCAAGCCAGCGCCCAGGACACCCCUACUAAUAAUGUGACUGAGAACAGUGAGCGCUAAGGGUUUCAAUGGUCCACCAGUGGAACUCUGAUGACCCCUAGUGGUUUGGAGACCGCAGUGAAAUUUGCACAGGGGGCCCUAACACGGUAAUACAUGCCUUCAGAUGCGUGUUUGUGGAUUAUCUGUGCACGGGAGGAAAAAACAACCAAGUGGAGCCUGUUUAUUCUUUAAGUUCUUUUCGAAAUAUGUAUAUUUUUCGAGGAUAUUGUCUAUGGUGUAGUCCUGCGUUACUUCGUUACUAUCAUUAUUUAUACUAACUCAACUUUGUUUAACUGUAACAAAGCAUGAUACAUAUCCAGGACCAAAAAGAAUCGCUGCGUAUACAAUCCCAAGAGAAGUACUUGAAAGAAUGUUUAACAAAAUAGACAUUAGUCUUUGUUUUUCCUGUCAUGAAUGAGUCAACGCUCACAUUCCUGUUAACUAGAGUGCGUAAAAAAUGAGGAUUUACAUUUUACUUGCUUGAUCUGAUACGUCUGAUGUAAACCGUAAUGUAUCGGAUGAUAAUUGUCACUGACCAAAAAUGUAUAGCUUUGUAUCCUGUUUUUUUCUUUCGUACAUACGUGUGAAAUUUGUUGCAGCUUUACAUGUUUAACACUGACAGUGAAGUCAGGUGUUGUUUUAAGAUUUUAUAGCCGAAAUCUUUCUUCAAAUUCAUACUCAGUGUUGAGCUGCCGUUCAUUAAUAUUGUUAGUCAUUAAACGUUUUUUUUUUUGCAAAGUCACAAAGUCCCGGCUCAUCAGUCGUGAAAUUAAGGUGAUCUGAACCAUAAUAAGAGACCAUAAAAUGAACAUUAAUUUUACUGUUACUUUGUCAGUAAAAGGGUAAAGCAUGGCAGAGU